GGUCAGGUCCCAUCAUGGCGGCUGAAGAGGCGGAUGUGGAUAUCGAAGGGGACGUAGUGCCAGCGGCGGCACAGUCUGGAAGUGAUGAAAAUACAGCAUCUGUUUUACAAGAUCAUUAUCUUGAUUCAUCAUGGAGAACUGAGAAUGGUCUUAUUCCUUGGACUCUGGAUAGCACCAUCAGUGAAGAGAACAGAGCUGUCAUUGAGAAAAUGUUGUUGGAAGAAGAAUAUUACUUAUCCAAUAAGUCACUUCCAGGAAAAUUCUGGCUUGAUCAAAAGGAAGAUGAUAAAAAAUACUUGAAGAGUCUGCAGAAAACAGCAAAAAUCAUGGUACACUCUCCUACAAAACCAGCCAGUUACUCAGUAAAGUGGACGAUAGAAGAAAAAGAGCUGUUUGAACAAGGGCUGGCUAAAUUUGGCCGAAGGUGGACCAAAAUUGCAAAGCUAAUUGGAAGUCGCACUGUUUUACAAGUGAAGAGUUAUGCCAGACAGUACUUUAAAAAUAAGGUAAAAUUAGAUGGUCCAGAAAAGGAAACACCAAAUCAGAAGAAUAGCAGUGGCUUCCUGAUGAAAAAUGAAGAUGAAGGCACAAAGGCGUGGACACCAUCAGGUUUAAGGGGACGUGCUGAUCCCAACUUGAAUGCUGUAAAAAUUGAAAAGUUAUCUGAUGAUGAAGAAGUAGACAUCACAGAUGAGACUGAUGAGUUGACUUCACAAGGUCCCCAAAAGGAUCUUAGCAGUGAUCUCUUGUUAGACAUCUCUAAUAAUAAAAGAUCUGAAACCAGUAAAGGACUGGUUUCUGACAGCCAAGAAGAUCCCAUUUCUAAAUCUUCCAAGGAGUAUCUUCAGAAUAUAAAGCAAGGUGAGAUGGAAACACUUUCAAGCUCAGGAAUUAGACUUUGGGCUGAAAAUUACAACACCAGUAACCAAAAAUUAGCUGAAUUAAAUGAUGAGAAAUGUGAUAAGCUGAUGAAGAACUGUGAUAAACAUGAUGGGAAUGGAAUACUAGAUGAUGCCAGACAGUUGCCUUCUCCAGAGCCUUGUGAAAUUCAGAAAGACUUGAGUGAUAAUGAAUUGCUUUUUCAUUCUUCCUGCCAAAUGGAGGAGGAGAGCCAAGAGGAAGAAGAGCUUAAGCCACCAGAACAAGAAAUAGAAGUUGAUAGAAAUAUCAUUCAAGAAGAAGAAAAACAAGCAAUUCCUGAGUUUUUUGAUGGGCGCCAAGCUAAAACACCAGAACGCUAUUUGAAAAUUAGGAAUUAUAUUUUGGAUCAGUGGGAGAUAUGCAAACCGAAAUACUUAAAUAAGACCUCAGUACGUCCUGGCCUGAAGAACUGUGGGGAUGUUAAUUGUAUUGGACGGAUUCAUACAUACCUCGAGUUGAUAGGAGCAAUCAAUUUUGGAUGUGAACAGGCUGUAUAUAACAGGCCACAACCAGUUGACAAAGUACGAAUCAGAGACAGAAAAGACACUGUAGAAGCAUACCAACUUGCCCAGCGUCUGCAGUCUAUGCGCACAAGGAGACGCAGAGUCCGAGACCCUUGGGGAAAUUGGUGUGAUGCAAAAGACUUGGAAGGACAGACGUUUGAGCAUCUCUCUGCUGAGGAGUUGGCAAGAAGAAGAGAAGAGGAAAAAUGCAAGCCUGGUAAACCUUCAAAAGUACCAAGACCAACAAAAAGCUCAUUUGAUCCCUUCCAACUGAUACCUUGUCAUUUUUUCAGUGAAGAAAAGCAGGAGCCAUUUCAGGUGAAAGUAGCUUCAGAAGCACUUUUAAUAAUGGAUUUGCAUGCUCAUGUUUCUAUGGCAGAAGUGAUUGGUCUGUUAGGAGGAAGAUAUUCAGAAGCUGAUAAAAUAAUUGAGGUCUGUGCAGCAGAACCAUGUAACAGUCUGAGUACAGGACUGCAGUGUGAGAUGGAUCCUGUCUCACAAACACAAGCCUCGGAAACCUUGGCUGUCAGGGGCUAUAGUGUUAUCGGAUGGUAUCAUUCUCACCCUGCCUUUGACCCUAAUCCUUCCUUACGAGAUAUUGACACUCAAGCCAAAUACCAGAGUUACUUCUCCAGAGGCGGUGCAAAGUUCAUUGGGAUGAUUGUUAGUCCUUAUAAUCGAAAUAAUCCUUUACCUUAUUCUCAGAUUACCUGCCUGGUUAUAAGUGAUGAAAUUAGCCCAGAUGGCUCUUAUCGUUUACCUUAUAAAUUUGAAGUACAACAGAUGUUAGAAGAACCUCGGUGGGAGUUAGUGUUUGAAAAGACAAGAUGGAUAAUAGAAAAAUACAGGCUAUCCCGGAGCAGUGUCCCCAUGGAUAAAAUCUUUCGCCGAGAUUCUGACCUGACUUGUUUGCAGAAACUUUUGGAGUGUCUGAGGAAAACUCUGAGCAAAGUGACUAAUUGCUUCAUUGCUGAAGAAUUCUUGACUCGAAUAGAAAAUUUAUUCCUUUCCAGUUACCAAAGCAAGCCAGAGAAUGGAGUGGCUGAAGAGAACUGGACUGUGGGGCAAAAGGAAUUGUUAAUGUAAUUAUCUUAAAGUAAGAUAUUUUAGUCUUGACAUAGUAGAUCCUACUUUCAGAGUUAUAACCUUGAAAUUAUUGUUUAACCGUGGUACAAUUUGGUUUUUUUUUUUUGCUAGUUCAUGAAAUCCAAACUUGGCCACAUACACCAUGUGGCAAGAGAGAGAGCUAGACUUGUUUUCAUGUGUGGUGCUCAGAGUGUUGUGUGAGGUGGGGUCGGCCGGCACACUCAGUCCUCCACGGCCAGUCGGGGCCUGAACUGGAGGCCGCCUCCCUGCUGUUUGCAGGUUGAGAAAUGGAUUGUGUCUCAAAUUUUUGCUUCCCCUGAACUAGUCGUUCCAGUUUUGCUGUCUCACGUCUCACUAGGAGCAGUUCCAUUCUCUUCAUGUGUUUUGUGAGGCUUGUUUAUGGUUGCAGAUGAGAUACGGGUGGGUGGUCACUGAAGUAAUGAACAUGGUUGAGAACUGCUGGUUUAAUGAAUCUGACAACAUGCUGUGCAAGGCCAGGGGAGGCCUGGGGAAGGGACCUAAAGGAGAGAAUCAAAUUACCAGAUUUUUAAUUACAGAUAUUUGCUUCCAUUUUACUUUAUAACCGCACUGCUAUAGGAUAUGCCAUUUUAUCAGCUGUAACAUUUUGUCAGGCUUUCAGAUACAUAAUAUAAUUAGCUUCAAAUAUAGGUGCCACUUAUACUAGUGUUUGUGAUAAAACUCAGUUAACUAGAACACAGGUAAUCAUAACCCUUAAACUAGAUUUUUUAUAUUUCCUCUUACUACCUGCUAUGAGGAGAAAGAGGCAAAUUACAAUAAAACUUAAAUAAAUCAGAUUUGAUUUUAAAAUCAAAAAAUCCUUCCAGGACAUAUUAUGUAUUCAGCCCAGUUUUGUAUACUUGCUGAAUCCAGAACAGGGGUCAGUGGACCUUUUAUGUAAAGGGGCAGUUAAUAACAGGCUUGGCAGACUACAUACCAUCUCUGUUGGUCAUUCUUCUUUAUAUUUUUUAACAACUCUUUCAAAAUGUAAAACCAUUUUUAAUUCAUGAGCCUCACAAAAGACAGGUUGCUGGCUGUUGUCUUUCCAAACCCUGCUCCAGAGGAUUGCAGAUACUUAGAAUUUAUUUUCAAGUGCAUGAGCCUGAGCCACUGAAAGGUCUUGCGUCAUCUUCAUCAGUUUUAUCAUCUAAUCUGGGUAUGAUUCUGUAAUUUGGCCUUUUUUUGGUUUAAUGAAUAUCCAAGGAAAAUAAGUCAGUAUUGGAAGGAGCAGUGAGCCAGUUUUAGAUGAUCUGGGUCUUGACUCAGUCUUGUGAAUUGGGGGAAUAUAGUCUGCCUUCUCUGGGCCUAAAUUCAUGUGUAACUGAGGUCUAAAUUAUCUUCCUUGCAUCCUCCCAGGUCUAAAAUCUUGUGAUUCAUUCUAAUUGUGGGACUUACAAACCUGGAGCUUAUAUUUUGAGGUGGUACAGUUCCAAAAUUAAUUUUAAAUUUUUUUUAAGGAAAGUGGUAGUAUUUUCUGUUUUUCUUUAUGCGUUUAGGAUAAUCAGUGAAACAACUUACAAAGCAGUUACUUUGGGGACCAGGGAUAUUAGAACUGUAGACCAGAAAUAGGAAACCUGAAUUCUUACCUGAUUUUCUUACCAGCUUUGUUGUGCGACAAUCACAUAAGCUUCUGGACCUCAGGCUCCUCACCUGUAGUUCAGGGGCAGAAAGUGCGCUUCUAUAACAGGUAGUGGUUCAUUCCUUCUGACGUGUUUUCUUCAUUAUACCUCAGGGACAGGUCCUAGAAAGUGGUAUUAAUUAGCUUUCUUAAUUGACAUUUCCCUGUUAUAUUGAUGAAUUGGGGUUGGAAAAUAGUGAAAAUUAAGAAUCUGUUCUCAGUCUGGGUCCUCUGCAUGCUUGUGGGUUACUGCAUUUAGUAACCUAAGCCAUACUAUGAGGAACUCAAACAUGGUACUGUUCAGAGUUUAAUGCUUUGAGAGCACUGUUUUUUUAAGUAGUACUUACUGUUUUUUCUGAUGAUAGAGUACAUUUAUCUUUUUAGAAGGUAAUUUUUAAAAAACAGAAACCAUAGAUAACAUUGUGGUAUAAACCUUUCAUUUUUCUUGUAACAUCAUGUAAUUUUGAUUAUAGUCUGUGAUAUUUUCCUCCCCUCCUCCCUCAUUCAUUCCUUUACAUUUUUCUUAUGAUAGUCUUAAAACGUUUUUGCAGCUCUCGAUGCCCACAUUCCUAUCACUGCCGACCUUGGCCUGCUGAGGGCAGUAGGAGUCCAGCCUUGAGAAGCACAGGAAGGCUCAGACUGAGUGGCAGUGUGGAAGUUUAACAGGCAGGGUCUCAGAGAGAAACCUACCUCUGGCAGUGUUUACAGAGUGGAGAUAGGACUUGAAAACAUCAGAGUCUAUUCAUCCUGAUUUGGUCCUUUUGUGCAAAGACAAGAAAAUGAUGAGCUUAGUUUUGUUUUGUUUUAUUUUUUUCUUUUUCCAGCUUGCCUACUGGAAAUUGACAUUACAAUUACUUCUCUCUUACAGUUUCAUCCCAAAGUAAUAUUCAGAAAAAGAAAAAUCAGUGAAAUAAGAUCCACAAGAUCAGAGGCUGUCCCCUUUGUAAUUUCAACUUUGGGCCAUUGGCCUUCAGUGCUGUAUUAUAACUUCCGUGGGCCUUAGACACUUUUGCCUUUUUGACCCUCUUCUUCCACAAAAAAACUACUAAAAAUUAAUGUUACAACUGCAUUUGUAUAAAAUGAAUUUAAUAUUGUAUAUGCAUACAUCCUUCCAUCUGAAAGUGUUUUUUGUGUUAUAAAUUUAAAAGAAAUUAAAACAUUUGGGAGGGCCUCUAAAUGUAUUAUAAACAUGAGACCUGGUGCCUAAUAGCUCAGUUGACCCUGCCUAUGUUCUGUUACCCCUCCCCUAUAAACCGACCUCACAAACCCUAGCAGAGCUUUGCCACACAGCCAAAAACACUGCAGUUCCUGUGGCUUUAGAUCCACAGACAUGAACUUUGGUCUUUACUGACUCCAUCAACGUUCAGGACUUAAUUGGAACCAUUCAUCCCCCAAAGAAAGAUGGGCUGCAAUGGCUAAUUUUAGGUUUCAGGUGGCUAUUUUGUGCUGAUUCUUAAUACUUAAUAAGAGCCACAGCUCCUGCCACCUUUUUGUUCUUCCUGCAUUUCCCUCAAGCUCUUUUUUUUCCAUCCCCACUCCCUCACUGUCACCUGUUGGUGUGUAGGUAUGAGAUCCUUCAUUGUCAUAUGUUGAAAGCAAGGUCUGAAGAAUCGAGUUGAACAGAAGCAUUCUUGUUUCCCAGCAGCUGCUGCCCCAGCCUUCUCUCCGUAACUUUCCUCCCCCACAGGAGUGGGGCAGGGGCUGUGACAUGCAGAUUGUUUGGGCAGCGAGGAGACCGUGGCCUCGGCCUGCCACCCUGAGUGGGCCUCUUGCGCCUCAGUUUACCUUCUUCCUGUUUGUCUUGCUGGGCCCUCCUGAACUGAGCUGGAGGACCUGGAGAAACCAAUCCAGGCAGGAGGCCCUGGGACUGAUGCUCUCUCUGCCCCUACACCACCUGGAAGGCAGCUCCCAUCUCAGGACACACACAGUUGGUGUUACUAUACUCUUACUAUACUCUUCUCUACCCAGAGCUAGAGGCUAAAUCUAGAGUCACACAUUAUGACAUUUAGGAAAACUUAUUUCACACAAGCACAAAGAUAAAAAGACAUACAUUUGUGUCAUCGUCUGUUCCAUCAGAGUUAAUACAGCAUUUAACAAAGAAAUUUGAUCCUUUCCAGUUUACAGUAGUUUAAUAGCUUUCUUACAAAUUAAUAUCAUAGUUUGCAGUAUUUCCAGAAAACCACUGUGGAGAAUAAUGUAAUAUGCUUUAGCUUAAAUCCUUACCUUUUCUUAAAUGGUUUUAAGCAUGCUGUUCCCCCAAACUCUGUUUUUUCAUUUAACCUAUAAUUUGGGCUUUCUGGUAUUUUCUAAAUCUUUUCUUUUAAGCUUCCUUAAAUCUUUUCUAGAGCAAGGCAAAGAGUAAGUAUGUUAUCCCAGCUAAGUCAGGAGAAAGUCAAAUAUCCCAGAGAAGCUGUGAUUAUGCCAGGGGCUCUAUACCAAACCAAAUUUGAGAAGGUAAAAUUAAUUCAUGAUAUGUGGGUUGUUUUAUUCCUUUGACUGUAUUUAUGAAUAUAUUCAUAAGAACUCCUAAUUUCUGCCAAAAAAAAGAAGCCAAAUCUGCCAUCUUUGAGGUUUCCUGGAGUACUGUCUUAGGAAUUAAGAAGUAUGUUAACUAUGAUCUUAUAGUUUGUAUUCCUGUUUCAUAGGUUACCACAGAAUAUUUGUUUCAUAUGAAUUAUAAAAUAAUAUUUAGAUUCUAGCAUGAUUUAAAUAGAUGGGUCACAUAUAUCUUUAAAUUUAUGGGUUUGAUGUGUAAAUUGUGUAUUAUGUAUAAGUUUACUAUGAUUAUUGAUAACCCUGUUGCUGUUGUUUUCCCCAAAUGUUAUUAAUAUCAGUGUUUAUGGAAUUUCUUUUAUUAGUUUGAAUCUUGGAAUGUUCUGUACUAAAAUAUAAUUUAAACCAUUUUGUACAUUUAAAUAUGAUGUGAUGUGUAUAUCUGUAUUAAAGAAUAUUGUAAAUAUUAAUGUUUGUACAAUUAUGAAAGCUUUUCCUCAAAAUAAGUGAAUUCUCCACCUUGUACUUAAAUUGUGACAUAAAAUAUCUGGUUUUAAACUUUGGGGUUUUAUCUUAUAAAAAUUUAAGGGAAACAUUGUAAAGAUUCUAUAUAAGUAAAAUUUUGAAAAUAAAGUGGUGAAUCAUUUGG